AUGGCCGACCUAUCCGAUCCCAAAAUCGACGAAGCUUACCAGGAUGUUCGUUCCGACAAAUCCGAGACUAACUGGCUUUUGCUCGACUAUGAGUCUGACCGCUCGGACAAGUUAACAGUCACACAGACGGGAACGGGUGGUCUCGCCGAGUUACGCGAUACACUUAGUGAUUCCAAAGCGUCUUACGCAUACGUUCGCGUCACCUUCUCCAAUGACAAGGAAUCUCAACGGGAGAAAUUCAUUCUAGUAGUGUGGAUCGGUCCCGGGUGCAAAGUGAUGCGAAAGGCCAAGAUCUCCGUCCACGCAGCCGAUGUCAAGCAGGUGUUGCGUGUCUACUCUAUUGAAGUUCCCGCUCGGGAAAAGGACGAUUUAAAGGAGGAUCCGAUUGUAGUAAAGCUGCGGAAGGCAGGUGGGGCUAGUUACGACGGGGUGUAG